AGUGAUUUCUUGAGAUAAAAUCUACUCCUGGCAUAGAUUUGCUGUGAGGAUUAUUGAAAAGACAGCAAAAGAUUUAGAACACUAUACAAAUUUGGUUGAUAAAGCAGUGACAGGAUUUGAGAGAACUGAAGUUCUACUGUGAAGAAAAUGGUAUCAAAUAGCAUUUCCUUCUCCAGAGAAAUCAUUCAUGAAUGGAAGCGUAAAUUGAUGGUUUGAUGUGGCUGACUUCAUUGUCUUAUUUUAAGAAAUGAUCACAGUCACUCCAGCCUUCAGAUAACUACCACCCUGACCAGUAAGCAGUCAUCAAUAUCAAGGCAAGAACCUCCCUCCACCAGCCAAAAAGAUUACAGGUUCAGAUGAGCCUUCAGGAUAAUUCCUUCAGCAGCACCGCUGUAACAGAGUGUGACGAAGACACAGUCUCUCUGCAUGAAGAUCAGACUGAUUUCUCCAGUCUCAGAGAUGAAGACAAUAAAGAAAAUUACCCCGACGCCAGGCCUCCGCUAGAGGAGCCCGCGCCGCCGCCCAGUGAGGCGCAGCAUGUAGGGCAGCCCCCGCGGCUGGACCUGCUGCACUCCACCAUGGGCAACUUCAAGUCGCGGAAACCCAAGUCCAUCUUCAAGGCGGAGAACGGGAGGAGCCACGCAGAGAGUCAGGAGACAGAGCAUGUGGUAUCCAGCCAGUCGGAGUGUCAAGGGAGACCAGGAACAGCAGCUCAGAAGAGUACACACAACCCCACCUCCAGGUGCCAGGAAACUGCGCGAGUUCAACCAAGAAUAGAACAAAGGGCUGCCGUUUGGUCAAAGGAAGAAACUCAGCAGGACUUCCAUGAGGAAGAAGCUGCGCAGGUGCACGGAGUCAAGGACCCAGCCCCAGUGUCCUCCCAGAGUGUACCUGCUGAAGGGGCAGGGGCCACAGAGCCUGCGCCCGUGCACAGAGAUGGGCAGAAUGAAGCGGACAGCGCGCCAGAAGACGUGCUCUCUGUUGAGACUAGCAGGCUGCUCUGUCACAUCACCGACGGCGACAACCCACUACUGUCACCACGAUGCUCCAUCUUCAGCCAAAGCCAGAGAUUCAACCUAGACCCUGAAUCAGCCCCUUCUCCACCCAGCACUCAGCAGUUUAUGAUGCUCCGCACUUCUUCCCGGUGCAGCUGUGGUGAUGGCAAGGAGCCGCAGACCAUUACCCAGCUCACCAAGCACAUCCAGAGCCUCAAGCGGAAAAUUAGGAAAUUUGAAGAAAAAUUUGAACAAGAAAAGAAGUACCGGCCUUCCCAUGGUGACAAGACAUCUAAUCCUGAAGUCCUGAAAUGGAUGAAUGAUUUGGCUAAAGGUCGUAAACAGCUCAAAGAACUAAAGCUGAAGCUGUCGGAAGAGCAAGGGAGUGCUCCCAAAGGCCCACCUAGAACCCCGCCCUGUGAGCAGCCCACAGUCCCCAGAGAGAAUGGGAAGCCGGAGGCCGUGGGCCCUGAGCCGAGCUCCUCUGGAGAGGAGACUCCAGAUGCUGUGCUGAGCUGCCUGAAGGAGAAGAGAGAGCAGCUUCCUUCCCAGGAAGAUCCUAAGGUAACGAAGCAAGACAAGAACCUCAUAAAGCCUCUUUAUGACCGAUAUAGAAUUAUCAAGCAAAUCUUGUCCACACCUUCCCUUAUUCCAACAAUUCAGGAGGAAGAAGACUCUGAUGAAGACUGUCCACAGGGAAGUCAGCAGCCUUCUUUGCCAAAUCCAGCAUCUCACUCUCCUACUGGCGAUCACCUCGCACACUCUAAUGAGACUGAGCCUGUGAGGCUCCUGCUCCCUGACGAAAAGAAGGAAGUCAAACCGCCAGCACUCUCCAUGUCCAAUUUACACGAGGCCACCAUGCCUGUACUUCUUGACCAUCUCCGAGAAACUAGGGCUGAUAAGAAGAGACUCCGGAAAGCCUUGAGAGAAUUUGAGGAACAGUUUUUUAAACAAACAGGAAGAAGUCCACAAAAGGAGGAUCGGAUACCAAUGGCAGAUGAGUACCAUGAAUACAAGCAUAUAAAAGCCAAACUGAGACUACUAGAGGUCCUCAUCAGCAAGCAAGAUGUGGCCAAAACUAUUUGAGGUUCAGGAAAUGUUUGUGAUCACUUUCACCUGCAAUAAGGCAAGUUUAUUUUCCUCUGCCGUUCUUGCUAAGUAGUAUGACAACUGAAAACUGAAGCACUUUAGUGGUAGUAUUGGCUGCUGUUAAGAAUGGAUGGCAAGUGUAAUUAUAAAUGCGUAGAUGGGAUUAAAAUUGGAGAAAAUACAGUAAGUAACAUAUAAUUGGAAAAUAAAAUUCAGCCUUCUCCAUGCCAAGGAGAAAAUGCAGAGUCAGUAUAAUUACUUCAGAAAACAUCUGAAGUAAUGUUCAGAUGGACAAAACAUCCACCUGUUAAAGGGACCACUGGUUAGAGAAAGUCUACUUAAUAUCCAAAGACUGCUUAUACUGACAUAUGAAAAAGAGCAUGAUUUUUAAAAAUCAAUAAGAACAAAAGAAACUCAUUUUACAUAAAAAGGGAUACAGUUAGUAAGAAUGUAAUUUAUUUGAAACUUCUAAUAGAUUUUUAAGUGAUAAAAAAUCUACUUCCUUGUCCCUUAAGACUGCUAGGCUUUCAGCACCCUAAAAUAUACUAGAAUGUGUCACUGCUAAUUUUUUAUUUCUAUAUAAAAAUAGCACAUUAUCUGUUCCUUAAAAUUUUACAUUUCUGAUUACCAAAGUUCAUUCUGAUAGCAUGUACUUUGUGAAUUAUCUUUGUUUAUAACUGACAGAUGUUUAUAUUAAAAUAAAAUACUGUAUUAAAAUUUGAAAAUAGGUAUUUUGGAUAGAUGUGUCUGUAGCAUAUAAUCUAAUGUGAUCACAGUUAUAAUAGCUAAUCUUUUUGUUUACUGUAAGAUUAUAUAAACUAUUUUUCCAUUGGGAAUAUAUGUUUUUCUUAAUGUUCCAAGGUCUAUAUUUUGUAAAGUCAAAAAUUUUCCCCAUGAACUAUAUAGUUGUUCCUCAUUCUGCGUAAAAUGAAAGGUUUAGAAAAUGUUUGCUAUAACACCUUGGAAAAGAAGCCGGAAUAUUUUAUUUGCGUCAUUAACUUCAGUGUAUAUUGUUUUGUUAUUUUGUAUUAAACCACGUUUAUUAUUUUGCUUUUGUAAAAAUAAGUAAAAGGUCCACAUUUUCUUUCUCAUACCAGCCAUGUUUGUAGUUCUCUUUUCUGUAAUGUUUAAGCACAAUGGUGAACAAAUUCACAUUUUCAUGUAAUUUGGAUGGGAUUAAUAUUGACUAUUUCUGAAGCACAUGGUUUCAGAGGCUUAUUGUUUUCUUUAUAUUUACCUAUGUUUACCUGAUAUUUUAUAACCUUUAUGAAUCAGAAUAAUGUCCUUCACAAAUUUAAUUAAAGUUAUGUACUUGUAACAGGACAGAUACACAACUAUUUGAGGUUUACAAACUACGUCUUUGAUAAGGGAAAUGGUUUCGUGACAUGUAUACAAUUGCUAUUAAGAUGUAACUCUAUAUAUUCUAUGAGAUUGUAAAUAUUUUAUACAACAAUACAAAUAAAAUAUUUUUCUAUUA